GCGAAAGCACACUCUUCAAACCCUAGCUCCGGUGGAGAUUAACGAGAAAAACGCAAUGUCAGGGUUUCCGUUUGGUCAAUCGAACACCGGUGGAGGAUCCUUGUUCGGAUCUUCCUCAGCCGGAAGCUCCUUGUCUGCUUCAUCCACCUCAUCUCCGUUAUCUUUCUCCUUCAAUCAAUCCACGGGAUUCGGAUUCGGAGCCACCUCAUCUGCUUCUGCUCCCUCCACAACGCCAUCGUUCGGAUUUGGAGCCACCGCGUCGGCUCCUGCUGCCUCCGCAACGCCAUCGUUUGGAUUCGGAGCCACCUCAUCUGCUCCUGCUUCCUCCACAGCUCCAUCGUUCGGAUUCGGAGCCACCGCAACGGCUCCUGCUUCCUCAGCAACUCCAUCUUUCGGAUUCGGAGCCACCUCAACGGCUCCUGCUACCUCCGCUGCUCCAUCGUUUGGAUUUGGAUCCGCCGCAACGGCUCCGGCUGCCUCCACAGCUUCAUCGUUUGGAUUUGGAGCGACAGCAUCUACCGUAACGACUCCUGCUUCCUCCGCAGCUCCAUCGUUUGGAUUUGGAGCACCCGCAUCAACCGGAUUCGGGUUCGGAUCCUCUGCUGCGUCUUCACCUGCUCCCUCACUAUUUGGAUCUUCUACCAAUGCUUCCGCGGCUUCUUCUGGCUCUUCUCCUUUCGGAUUUGUAACUUCAUCGGCUUCUCAGGCUGCUGCUGCUUCUUCUUCUGCGAGUGUUUCAGCACCUUCUCCUUUCGGAGCGUCAGCCAGUGGUUCAGCACCACUCUUUGGAUCUUCCUCAUCCUUAUUCUCCACUCCUUCAUCUGCUGCGAGUCCUCCUCCCUUCGGGAUAGCCUCUUCUGGACCUGCCUCAACGUCUUCUCUUUUCGGCGCACAAUCUUCAGCCACCGCCUCCACACCUUCCCUCUUCGGCUCUACUGCUCCCUCCUCUUCAGCCUCUGGCUCCACAACUUCCUUGUUUGGCGCCGCGCCGCAAUCCUCAUCAGCCUCUGGCUCCACACCUUCCUUGUUUGGCGCGCCGCAAUCCUCAUCCGCCUCUGGCUCUUCACCCUCCAUCUUCGGCGGAGCAGCUGCGUCAUCAGCCUCUGGCUCCUCACCGUCAAUCUUUGGAGCCACUGGUUCGUCUCAGUCCAUCUUCGGAUCAUCUUCCUCAGCCAGUUCAACACCGUCUCUCUUUGCAUCCUCCAUGUCAGGCGCAGCAGCUUCUUCUUCACCAUCCCCGUUUGGAUUUUCCACCAACACUUCCUCCACUACAACCAAUCCCUCUGCUUCCACUGGACUCUCUUUCUCGAAAACCACAGGAAGUUCGACCCCUGCUAUCUCCGCUUCUGCCGCUACGGCCUCGUCAUCUUCCUCAUUCUCAUUUGCUACACCCGCAAGUUCAGCUCCUGCAUCCACCACAUCCCCAGCACUGUUCUCUAUAGCAACCACCACCACCACGUCCUCUUCGACUCCUGCUGCCACUAGUGCGCCAUCUUCUUCACCUGCAGCUUCUACAACGACGUUCCCUUCUUUUGGUGUGGGUUCAUCUGCAGCCAACAGCAUUCCGGCUACUACUUCUCCCGCUACAGGGUUUGGUUUGACUAGCUCGACUUCUUCUGCUGCUGCUACUACAACGCAGACGUCUCUUGUAGUAUCUUCGACUAGUGGGACAAGCACAGCCGUUGCAGCUCCAGUGGCUGGUACUCCCAAGUUACCAUCUGAAAUAACUGGCAAAACUGUCGAGGAGAUCAUCAAGGAGUGGAAUACUGAGCUACUAGAGCGUACAGGAAGAUUCAGGAAACAGGCAAAUGCAAUAGCUGAAUGGGAUAAGCGGAUCCUGCAGAACCGUGAUGUUCUUUUGAGACUUGAGAUUGAAGUUGCAAAAGUGGUUGAAACACAGUCUAGUUUGGAGAGACAGCUGGAAUUAAUCGACACUCAUCAACAAGAGGUUGACAAAGCUUUGCAAAGCAUGGAGGAAGAGGCUGAGCGUAUAUAUAAUGACGAGCGCAAAACGCUUCUUGACGAUGAAGCUGCAUCAACAAGAGAUGGAAUGUAUGAACAGUCGGAGCUUGUAGAAAGAGAACUGGAGCAUAUGACUGAACAAAUUAGAUCGAUAAUACAAUCCGUAAAUGCAAACCAGGGAGGAGAACUUGAAGCAGUUGAUGGGAUGAGUCCAUUGGAUGUAGUAGUCAGGAUCUUGAACAAUCAACUCAGUUCCUUGAUGUGGAUUGAUGAGAAAGCAGAGGAGUUCUCAUCUCGGAUUCAAAAGAUCGCAUCUCAAGGCUCUGGUGCAGACCGUGAACUGAUGAUGGCUCCAAAGCACUGGAUGUCUUGAUACAAAUUGUCAUGAAUGGUCCUUUUUGUAGCAAAGAUGCCUGAUCCUUUGAAGAUUGUUUACCUUUCUGUAUCAUUUGGAAUUUGGAUAUUGAUUGGUCAUGUUUUUAUCAGCGUUCACGAACACUGAAACUCUCCUCUAGAGAACUAUUAAUGUACACCGCUUUAAAUGAUUGGUCAUGGUUUGUUGUUGUUGUUAACUUUCAUGACACUGAAACUCCUCUCUAAAGAAGUAUUAAUUGCG